AUGGCGGGGUUCUUUGCCGUGCUGGCAUCUGUGCUCGCUGUCGCGGAGACAUGCAACAUGCCGACCUCAGUAACCGGUGUCCUCUCUGAUGGGACCAACAUAGUCAAUGCAAGAGAUGUGGCGGUUUCGGGAUCCUAUGCAUAUGUGGUCUCCACUGGUAUAGAUGGACUGUUGGUCGUGGACAUCUCUGAUCCGACCAGCCCGACGGUGGCGACAAGCCUUGUGGACAGCACAGACAUGGCUGCACCAGAAGCUGUGAAAGUUGUGGGCAACUACGCGUACGUCAUCGGCUACACUUCCGAUUCUCUCGCCAUUGUGGAUGUCAGCAACCCAACCUCCAUCACGAAGGUCGGCAGCCUCAACACAAGUCCCUCCGGUGACAUGAACGGAGCUCAUGGUCUGGAUGUUGUCGGCAACUAUGCUUACGUGGUGAGCAGGCUCAAGAGUUCCUUGACAAUCAUCGAUGUUACCGAUAAGACCAACCCUACCUACCCAAGUGGGCUACCUAUGGGAAGGCAGCGCGCGGAUGACUUGGCCUCGGGAUGUCGUCGUCUCCGGCAACUAUGCCUACCUGACGGCAAGCUCGCAAUCCUAUGUCACUGUGGUGGACGUGAGCGAUCCCACCACACCUGCCGUCGUUGGAGAUGUGCAGGACACCACGAAUAUGGCAGGUGCUUGGGGAAUUGCUGUGGCGGGAAACACUGCCUUUGCCACUGCCCAAAGUGGCGACAACAUCGUGUCAGUUGA